AUGAGAUCAAAUGACAACAACCAACAACCUACUCCUUUCUCAUAUACUUGCAAUAACAAUCAAAAUUUUCAACAUAAUAAUAACAACGGAGCGUAUCCAAAUAUUGCUGCGCAUUCUGCGCCUGUUACUGCGCUCCCUCACUUCACCAGCUUUGAAUGUUAUUUGCCUUCAAACGACGGUCGUAUCUAUCAUGUUUUAUAUACUGAAUUAAGUCCACUUGAAAUCACUCGAUUAUUAAAUAAUGGAAAAGAUUUAUCUAACUUUCCUCGGAUGAUUCAACAAGAUCAACAUCCUGUUGAAUCCCAAGCUUAUCAACAAAAUAACGUCCAAAAUAACAUUCAACAAUCAAACGUAGUUAUUUCUGGCAUUAUGCAAGACUCACCUAUUCAAAAUGUUUAA